AUGGGACAACACUACUGUGGAGCUUUUCGUCCUCAGUUGUGGAUACUUGAUGACGACUUGUCUUCGGAGACACGAACAUCUGAGAACUUUACCCCCAGCGAGCGAACCUAUGGCACAGAGCAGAGCACGUGGUCUGUGUCGACUCGAAGCGGUGCGUCUGAUGGAACGCAGGCUUCCCCGAUGGACACCUCGCAAGCUGCAGCAGACGACGAUGAGGACGCACUGGAGUUUGAACAACAAAACAUAGAAGAGCGACUGGAGGGUUUUGAGGCCUUUGCUGACCAGUACUGGCGGAUCGUGGUGUACAUCCUGCUCAACCUGUUGACGUGCGGUCUUGUCUACGCCGCGUUGCAGAGUUUCCCCAGCACCAAAGUGCGUCUGCUCUACAGACGUGCAACGAAUCUGGCUGAAGCUACUAUGUUGCUCGUGACGUUUCGAAGGAAAAGUCGCCAGAAUAAGGGCCAUUACUUUGUGAUCCCGUCCGAGCCGCGUGCUCGUGUGCCGAGCAGCGUCCUCAGCGCGUACCUGGGUCGACUCUCUACGCGCACGAUUUUGGGACAAAGUGCGCGUGGUCGAGAAACGUUGCGGCUUUUGAGCGAACCCGUUGAAACGGUGCUUGUGAUCGAGGCUCGCCAGCGUCGGUAUCUCCUCAUCCAGUUAUCAGGGUGGCGACACGCCGGUCAACGCGGCAUGCACCAGCGUUUUAUCUGCUUGCGCAUCCACAGUGCGUUUAUUCCGGCAUUUGAGGAGUACUAUCGAUUACCCACAGACGAGAGCUCUUUGAUAACACCCAGCAUGCAUCCUAUUCCUGAGCAUGAAGUCGCACUACCGGUUGCCGGCUUCCACGAAGAGGACGAAGCAGCUUGGGAUCGACCGAGCGAUCCCCGUGGAAACCAAGAGUCUGCCGUGGCGGACGUCGAGGAUCCCGCUGCCCCCGAGGCUGAAGUACAACCGGCGUCGCUGGUGCUUCACCGACCGCUGGGCAUCGACCUGCUAGAGGCAGAUGUCAUCCGGGCGAUCGUAGGCGACAACAGUAUCGAGGUAGAGAUGGCACCCUUACUCAGGCUGUUCCUGCAGUCUGUCACACAUCCAUUCUUCCUCUUCCAAUUCUUUUCGAUUGCGUUGUGGAUUCUCGAAGCGUACUACUACUAUUCAGCGACAAUUGCAUUCGCCUCGUUUAUGAGCGCCCUCCUGGAAGCCAUGGAGAUGCGAAGCAAUGCGGAGCGACUUGCUCGUAUCGCCGCCAGCGAAGGAGAUGUGCUAGUGAUCCGUCGGUCGCCUACGAAUCGCUCUUGUGACUGUUGCGAGCGCAUUUCUUCCCGGGAGCUUGUUCCAGGAGAUGUGAUCAUCGUCGAGAGUGGCAUGGUUAUGCCGUGCGAUUGUACGCUGCUGCAAGGCUCAGCGGUCGUCACGGAAGCGAAUCUCACGGGCGAAGCGGCGCCGCUUUUCAAGUCCUCCUGGCACAGUGCAUACGAGGAGCCCAGCUCCAGGGUACCCCCGCGAAUUCCCAUCGAGUCUUACCAGCACAGUUCGGGACUUGCAGCGGUAUCCGAGGUGACCACGCAGGAAGCUUCUGCACACCAGGGCGCCGAGUCUUCUGCCCAUUUCAUCAACAUGGAAGAAAGCGAAGGCAACGAAGAGGAUGAACAGUCAUCUGGCGAAAGUGAGGGCUAUUUUAUGGGCGCCUAUUCGGCAUCGAAUGAAGCGGAGGAUCUGCUUCCUACACCGGCAUUUCACCACAUGUCGGUAGGUGGCCUCAGCGCCUGGCUGCAACCCGCAUCGGCCGCAGAAGCGUCCGCCGUCGGGAGCGCGCUGGACGCUUCCGUGGAACACUCGUACACCACCGCCGCCGCCACCACUGCUGCUGCUACUGCUCCUGCUGCUGCUGGCGCUGAUGCAGACGUAAAUGUGCGGCAGGUAUCUCGAGACGGAGAACGCUAUAGACGCGAGCGCGGUGCCCGGAGCGUACCAAGGAUGAUGACUGCAGGGCGCCAGCACCAGGCGCCGGCUGCGCAUCAUUUAGCCUGGGAUCAGGUCAAUCAUGUGCUAUACGCUGGAACGAGAGUCAUCGAGGCUCGUCCCGAACGGAGCGUGCCGAGCACCCAGCAGAGCACGGCGGCAGCAACGGAUGCUGGGUUUUCCUCAGCGGGAACUUGGCAGGGUACUGGGAUCACUGGUGCCGACAACGGAGCCUCCGCUACGCCCGCAACAGAUGAUCAGAUGCAGUCGCUGGACAGCGCCGUCCUUGCACUUGUCAUUCGAACGCGACUCGAUACCGCCAAGGGGACGCUCCUGCAUCAGAUUUUGCUCGCAGAUGACCAGACCUCGAGCUACGAACGCGGAAAUCCGGGGCCGCGUGACACUCGCGACACCAAACUCUCGGUGUGGGCGGCGCUUUGGAGGCGCUUGCGCUCCAGGUCACCGCCUGGCGACGCCCACUUGGGCGAUGGCGAACUCGAUGACCCCGAGAGCAGUGACAAGCGACUCUCGCAAAUGUAUCUGGACGCGUACAAGGCCAUGGUUGUGCUGCUGUUCGGUGGCGUCCUCGCUACGGUCUAUUCUUUCACCCUGUUGCGUCCGCUGCUCUCGUUUCGAGAAGCCCUACUCAGCGCACUCGAUGUGUUGACGAUUGUGGUACCACCGGCACUGCCAGCGGCGGUUACCUUUGGGAUUGUGUUCGCACUGGAGAGGCUGCUUGCGGCCCAGAUAUACUGCAUUCGUCCGCCGGCGGUUCUUAUUGCAUCUGGGAUCGAAGCGCUCUGCUUCGACAAGACGGGAACCUUGACGGACCUGGGCCUGGACAUUCACGAAAUCCUCCCGGUAGCGUCGAUGCCGCUCGCACUGGAAACAUUGCCCGGGAUUCAGGUCUCGAGCGACCCGCCUGGCGGCAUAACCACGGCUGCAACAGAGGGCACCAUUGCCCUCUUCGAUACGGAGCACGUCAUCCGACGUCACGACUUGACAGAGGAGGGAGCAGCACCGGAGCACCAGCCGGCGCCCAGCGGGUAUGCAGCGCGGCUACCAGCGGGCCUAGCCCUGGUCAUGAGUUGCUGUCAUACGCUUACAGUGGUGCACGGCCAGGUGCUGGGCGACGAGGUGGAUUCGCGUCUCUUCGAGCUCACCGGAUGUGAACUGAGGCCAACUGCGAGCCCCGCUGAUAGCCGUCGUUGGCAGGGCAUUCAUCCAGCUCAGACACUGUUUUAUGUCGCUGAACGUCACGCGGAGAGCUCUUUUGGGCGAGUCGUGAAGAUCUUCGCUUUUAGCAGUGAGUAUGCGCGCAUGGGUGUCAUUGUGCAGCGACUGGUGACUCCGGAGAGCGAGCAACCACCGCAGGUGGAGUGGUUAUUUUUAGUCAAGGGUGCCCCCGAGGUGGUGGUGAACUUUUGCGAUCGACGCUCCGUACCGAGCGAUUUCAGUCACCAGGUGCAGCUGUACACAUCACAGGGCCUGCGGGUACUUGCACUUGCCGGGCGACGUCUGCUGACAACGGACGCGCGUGCACGUCGAGUUCGCCUGGAUGCCGCUGCGCAGGCACUCACGAAGCGCAACCGCAGCCUUGGUACACGAGAAGGAGCACCAACAGCACCAGCAGCAGAGCCACCGGGGCGUGCGCAAACAGCCCGCAAUGCCACGCCCCUGACCUGGAGCAGGCAACGCUUAGAGCGCUCACUCACCCUGUACGGAUUGGCGGUGCUUGAGAAUCGCCUCAAACCCGAUACAGCAGCGGCCUUGCAUGAGCUGCGGCAUCGCGCCGACCUCCACUGCCUCAUGGUGACUGGUGAUCAUAUUCGCACAGCAGUGAGUGUCGCUCGCCAGUCGGGCAUGAUGGACCGCGACGCCCGAGUCAUUAUCGCUGACGAGCUGAACGCUCAGCUCGUUCAGCGGAGGCGUCAAUGCACACGCUUGUCCUCGUUCGCUUCCGCGAAUGCACAAUCAGCAGUACCGGGAAAUGCUGGUGGCGGUAACGUUGUGGUGCCGGUGGACACCACCACGAGUCAGGUAGUCUUCUCCGACAGCAUGCAUGUGCAGAAACGCUUCAGCCGGAUGGAGGUGUUCAGCUUGUUGGCUGCAUCACCCUGCUCUGCGCGUCUGAAUCGCCUCCUGAACCGGAGUAGUGCACUGGGGGUGCGGAUCAUGGAGCGUGCUCCGCUCGUUGCCUGGGAAGCAGAACAGCCUGCUGGCUUUCCAGGAGCGGUGCCCGAAGAUGCACCGAUGACGAGUUUCCAGGGCACGACGCAUUCUACGGAAGCUACCACAGAGGCAGGUGUAUUUCGCUCACGCACGCGCUCGUUACGGAGCGAAGCAAUGCUGCGCGAUACCAGAAGCGCUCAACCCGGAUACGGACGGCGAACUGCGGGUAGUACAGCGGCAGCCGCUGAGCAGAGCGAUGAAGGGCUCGUCGGUGCCACGGGUGUCUCUGCGGGAACAAGCGGCGCUGAGGUCACGACCUUGGCGCGUGGUCGCCUUUCAGAAGCGAAGACACAUCCAGCGUUGUUGCUCAGAGAGGCGGAGGCGGCAGAAGCGGCACCUUUGGAACAGCACGCUGCGGUCGCUGAUGAAGCCGCUGUGCCGCCACUCCCGAAUCGACGUCAUUCUCUUUGGACUGGAGAACGUGCUGGCACCAGCGCUCUAUCCUCGGUUGCGACGGCAAGGGUGGCGUUGCCCCAGGAUGAGCCCGUUGCCUUGGCGAUGACCGGAGCUGCGUUUCGUCUCCUGCUUCGAGAGUUUCAUCGUUUGUCGGGGAGUCUCGCACGCAGUCGCACGCCAGGUGCUAGCAGUGGUGUUGGUGUUGGUGGUGUUGGUGGUAGUUGUGGUGGAUCUCGAACGUCAUCACGUCGCUACCAUUUCCUACGACAGGUGUUUUUGCGUUGUACAGUGUACGCGCGUAUGUCGGCAGCCGACAAAACCGCCCUCGUGCAUUUGCUACGAAGCCGUUUCGGCCUCUGUGUCGGUAUGUGUGGAGACGGUGCGAACGAUGCGGGCGCGCUGCGGGAAGCUGACGUUGGUGUCGGUCUCGUGGAACGACGCGUUUGGAGUACCAGCGAGUCGCAGGCCUCUGGCGAGGCACCCCUAGAGCGCAUCCGGAUCGAGAAACCUGAUGCUCUGGCGCGGGAGUAUGGCGACUCGCGCGCUCCAAAAGCCACCGGUACGAAGCGGGACUUGCUGCUGCUGCAGCGUCUCCGACCAAAGUCCAGCUCUUCGGCGGUUGCGGGUGACGACGAGGACGCAGUGGCAUCGCUUGCAGCGCAUUUUACCAGUCAGGUGACGAGUAUUCGGGCGGUGGUCAAGGUACUCACCGAAGGCCGCGGUGCAGCAGCUGCUUCUCUGGCUUGUUUCAAGUACAUGGGCAUCUACUCGCUAACCCAAUCGAUCAGCACGCUAUUCCUCUAUCGCAUCGGUACGGUGUAUUCCGAUGGACAGUUUCUUUUCCAGGAUCUGGUGCUCAUCAUGCCGCUGGCGUUGACCAUGGGUCGAACCGCCUCCCAGACGCGCCUCAGUCGACAUCGUCCACCGGUGCGACUAGCUAGUGCUCCCGUCUGCUGGUCGAUGGUGCUCCAGAGUCUGGUGCAGGCCAGCUUCCAAGCCGCUGCCGUCUAUGCGCUGACACAAGCGGAUACCGUACCUGGAAGCGUCUUCGGGAUGACGUGUCGCUGGAAUGCGCCCUGUCCGGCUGCCACGGUGCUCUUUCACGUCGUCAACGCGCAGUAUAUCUGGUCAGCGAUCGCGUUCAAUAUGAAGUCUCCGUUUCGACAGUCAUGGGAACAGAAUCCGUGGUUCCGCACCACCCUGGCCCUGCUCUCGUUGCUCUGUUUGAGCGUGAUCGAGCCUGUCGUUCCGCUCUUGCAACGGAUGCUGGCCUUGGCACCGCUCUCCACGAGCAUGCGAAGAUGGCUAUGGGUCCUUAUCGCUUUGAACGGUCUGGCGACGCUUCUGGUGGAGGCUGUUCUGAAUUGGUACGAACACGGACGUGUAAGGGUGUCUGUCGAAGAGUAUUAG